AUGGUGGUGAAAUGCAACACCUCGGAGCAGCGAGUCACCUGGACACAGAAUGGGGAGCCAGAGCCCAUGGCUGAAUUUGUGGCCAAGGGACAGACUCUCACCAUCCUCGGCUUGGACCUGCCAGCUGCUGGCAACUACAGCUGCUGGGCUGGCACCGUCCUGCUGGACACCACCUACGUGGUGGUCAGCGGCGCCCGCGAGGAGGGGAUGAACAUCUCCUGCCAGGCUGAGUCCUAUCAUGGCUCCUUCCGCUGCUCCUGGAAUGGCCCCCGCUCUGCCGUCUUCCGUGCCCGCCUCACACGCAGCGAUGGCUCAUUGGGGAAGUGGGUGCCGGCAGCUGGCCGCCACGGCUGGUUCAGCGCCAGCUUCGCAGACCCCUCCUUCUGUCCCUUCGCCGAGGAGCUGCGCCCACUGCAGCUACACCUGGAGGGGCUCUCGGACACCUCCUAUCUCAACUUCUCCAUCCACUUCUUCAUCCGCGACAUCGCCUCCUGGCCGCUCCCCAAGUCCUACUUCGCCCUGCUCUACCGGCUGCAGUACGAGCUCCCCAAUGGUACCCAGGUUCACAGGUAUGUGGAGGGUGUGGAGGAGAUGCAGCUGCAGGACCGCAUGCGGCGGGUACGCAUCAGCUGCCAGGAUCCUUACGCCAACGCCUGGAGCCCCUGGAGCGCCUGGAAGGAUGUUGAUGCAGCCCAGCAGCACCGGCUCCGAGCACGCUGA